UUACUACAUGAGUGAGAUAUGUCAUCGUGGCUUGGUGCGAUUCCACACCACAUUCUGCAAAGCCUUGCGACUUUUCAAGGCGAGGGCAAAUCCUCGUUGUUCCCAAUGCCUACUCAAAGAGAGAUAGAGGAUCCCAGUCCAGAGACCUCCGCUUUUGAGUUCAACACACCUGGAGCUAGCUAAUUCCCUCAUCCAUCUAAAAAAACAAAAAACAAAACAAAAAAAACACCAACAAAUAGACACUACAAAAAGAAGGCAGUUUUUGGACAUCUGUGGUUUUGCACCAUGGGACUGUGUUCUCAUAAUGGAUUGUUAGUGGUGUUGCUGUUUCAUCUUUGCCAGGCACAAGAUGAUGCUAUCCCCUCCCCUGACCCUGAGCUAGCCCCACCAAGCCUGGGUGAUGUGUCUGAUGCAGUGAAGGCAGACUUUGAGCAGGAAGUACAGAUCUCGACAACCGACACUGUACACGAGGCCUCAGAGCAGGUCGUAGGUGAACUCUCUCCACAGAAGACUCCAGAAGAGCAGUCACCAAUGGUAGAGACCACAGCUGAUUAUACAACAGAAGCAGCAGCUAAAGAGGAGGCAGUGGUGCUCACUGCAGGUGAACCAGAUGCUCAUUUGUUAGAAUCAACUCAAGAUAUUGAGCCUGCAGAGGAGAUUCAAGGACUGAUACCUCAGGCAUCAAUCUCAGAGCCAGAUGUGAAAUCAGUUAUAAAACCAGGAGAGUUGGUCCUUGAAGCAGUAGAUUCAGUUCAGGAACCAGUAGAAUCAGUUUUGCAAGACCCUAAGAUUGCUGAAGUGGGUGAUACAAUGACUGAGGAAAGCCAUGCAGAUGAAUCACCUGUCCAGAUGUGUCCUGAUACACAAAAAGAUAAACAAUCAGAAAGAGUAGCUGCAGAAAUGGAAGUGGUUGAAGAUGAAAAUGUAGAAGAGCCAGAACAGGGAUUCAUUGAGAAGGAAGCUCAGGUGUCUGAGAUGGAAGAGAAAACAGGAAAGGGGGAAAUAGAGAAAGUAGAGGUGAUGAUAAGUAGGGGACAAGUUAAACUACAAGGACAACAAAAAGAAGAAUCUUUGGAAAGGCAAGAUACAGAAUGGGAUAAAGAAUCAGAGCAUAGUCAAGAGGAAUGGCAGGCAGUAACAGCACAGAUGGCUCCAGAUGGUGGUGUGGUUGAUAUGGAUGAAGUAGAACAGGAAGAGGAAGAACAGGAAGUAGCGAAGACUGAAGAAGGUGUGAUUGAAGUUGAAGCAAGGAGAGAGGAGGUAGAGGCUGGAUCUGAGGCACAGCUAUGGAAGGUUUCAAGAGAGAAGGAGGUUCAUCCAGCCGACAAAACAGUACUGGAGAAAACUCAACAAGAACCAGAGGUCACCGUGGAUACAUGGGGACCAAUUAAGCUGCAGGAGCCUGUUAUUACGAAGUCAAAAGCAACAGGCGAUUUUACAGGUAAAACACAUGAGGCCAGUGAUGUAAAUGAGAUUAUCACCUCCAGAGACCCGAACAAGAACAAUCAGGGUGUACCAGUGUUGAUGAACACUGUUGAGGAGCUCCAACCAACACCAGUUCUCAAACUGAGGCUUGGAGAUACUGACGCACCAGCGGAGGAACAUGUUGACUCUACACAGACCAAAGCCACAGGGCAGGAAGCAUGGAAGAUAGGAGCCAUAGCAGCAGCUUUCUUUCUCAUUCUGCAAACUGCUGUCACCAUUGUCUACAUUCUGAAGUGCCGGCGAAAGCCAAAUAGCAGCAGUGUGGCCUCAAAGAACCUGUGUGCUGGAGGAAACGGAGGCAUGGAAUGUGAUGCAAACAACACAGAUACCACCAUUCCAAUCGAUGAACAAACUGCUGUAGAUGACCUUCCUGAGUACUCAGAGGUCCAGCAAGAGGACGUUGCUAUGACAACUUUCACACUGGAUUCCACAGAGAAGAAUUCACCCUAUGACCCCAGAACCUCUGUUGUUUAGCAUUGCUGACCUUAAGGAGUAUGACUGUAAUU